AAAGUAUAUGAUAGGCAAAUGUUAGUGGGUUGAAAUGUUAGUAAAUUAAUCUCUUAUUCGGAUUCAAACUCGAGACUCUUCACCGUCACUCACCCAACCCUUAUGUCCCUAGUUCUUACCACUUGAGUUAUCCUCCGGGACGAGAAUCGACGCGGUGAAAUACUGGUCCUAACCAUCGCCAUCGCAAAUCAAUUGGAAAAAACCAACGCCAUUGACUGUUCCUACUAUUUCCCACUUCACCAGAAUCACCGCUGAUAACCGCGAGCGAGCGAGCGAGAGAAGACAGACAGAGAGGAAUGGCGAUCCUGUGGAAGCACGUGAGGCCGUCGCCGUCGCUGCUCGACCGGCUCAAGCGGCACGUCACCGGCGGCUCCUACUUGCUGUCGAGAUCCUUCACCACAAUGGAAGGUCAUCGCCCUUCGAUCGUCCACAAACGCAGCCUUGACAUUCUCCAUGAUCCUUGGUUCAACAAAGGAACAGCUUUUUCCAUGACAGAACGUGACCGUCUUGAUCUACGAGGACUGCUUCCUCCAAAUGUUGUGUCUCCUGAUGUACAGAUUGAGCGCUUCAUGGUUGAUCUGAAGAGGCUUGAAGUUCAAGCAAGAGAUGGACCUUCUGAUCCUAAUGCACUGGCCAAGUGGCGGAUACUUAACCGCUUGCAUGACAGAAAUGAGGUCAUGUACUAUAAGGUUUUGAUUGCCAAUAUUGAGGAAUAUGCCCCAAUAGUAUAUACUCCAACAGUAGGUCUUGUAUGUCAGAACUAUAGUGGACUGUUUCGAAGGCCAAGAGGAAUGUAUUUCAGUGCUGAAGAUCGUGGAGAAAUGAUGUCUAUGGUCUAUAACUGGCCAGCUGAGCAGGUUGAUAUGAUUGUAGUUACUGAUGGGAGCAGAAUUCUGGGACUUGGAGAUCUUGGAGUUCACGGAAUUGGCAUUGCCGUUGGAAAGCUUGAUCUAUAUGUUGCUGCUGCGGGGAUAAAUCCUCAAAGGGUACUUCCUGUCAUGAUUGAUGUGGGUACUAACAAUGAGAAGUUGCUUCAUGAUCCCUUAUAUUUGGGAUUGCCACAGCAUCGUCUUGAUGGGAAUGAAUAUCUUGCUGUUGUGGAUGAAUUUAUGGAGGCUGUCUUUACACGCUGGCCAAAUGUGAUUGUGCAGUUUGAAGAUUUCCAGAGCAAAUGGGCUUUUAAGUUAUUACAGCGGUAUAGAAAUACCUACAGAAUGUUCAAUGAUGAUGUGCAGGGAACAGCCGGUGUUGCAAUUGCCGGACUUCUAGGUGCUGUAAGAGCGCAAGGAAGGCCAAUGAUUGACUUCCCGAAGCAAAAGAUUGUUGUUGCAGGUGCUGGAAGUGCUGGGAUUGGCGUUCUUAAUGCAGCAAGAAAAACAAUGGCGAGGAUGUUGGGUAAUAAUGAAGCAGCUUUUGAGAGUGCAAAGAGUCAAUUUUGGGUUGUUGAUGCUAAGGGAUUAAUUACAGAAGGACGUGAAAAUAUAGAUCCUGAUGCCCUUCCUUUUGCGAGAAAUUUGAAAGAAAUGGAUCGCCAAGGACUGAGGGAAGGAGCAAGCCUUGUUGAAGUGGUAAAACAAGUUAAGCCUGAUGUCCUUCUAGGACUAUCUGCUGUUGGAGGAUUGUUUUCAAAAGAGGUAUUAGAGGCACUCAAGAAUUCAACAUCAACAAGACCAGCUAUAUUUGCAAUGUCAAAUCCAACAAAGAAUGCUGAAUGCACCCCUGAAGAAGCAUUCUCCAUUGUGGGUGAGAACACCAUAUUUGCAAGUGGAAGUCCAUUCAGUGAUGUGGAUCUCGGAAAUGGGUGUAUUGGCCACUCCAACCAGGGAAACAACAUGUACCUCUUUCCAGGCAUCGGUCUUGGAACUCUUUUGUCUGGCUCUAGAAUCAUAUCUGAUGGCAUGCUACAGGCUGCUGCUGAACGUCUGGCUGCAUAUAUGAGUGAUGAGGAGGUCCUCAAAGGGACUAUUUUCCCUUCAAUAUCCAGAAUUCGAGAUAUUACGAAGGAGGUAGCUGCAGCUGUUAUAAAAGAAGCUGUGGUGGAGGAUCUAGCUGAAGGAUAUCAUGGAAUGGAUGCUCGAGAGCUGCGCAAGCUUAGUGAGGUUGAACUUGGGGAAUAUGUGAAGAAUAACAUGUGGUGUCCAGAGUAUCCAACACUAGUUUACAAGCAAGAUUGAGUAACCUGCUGGGUUGAUAACUACAAGCUCCAUCGAGAUGCAUGAUGCCCGCUUUGGUCAGUUUCUCAAAUAAUGCUUAGAGUGGAAACAAUCUGCCAGAUUCAAUUAAUUUGAUAUAUAUAAAACAUUAUCUCAGAGCUUACUAAAAGCCUAUAGUGCUUCCUUUGGAUGUGGGAAGAAAUUGGAGGAAACAAAAUAUAGAGAAGAUGGAUAGAUUUUGUAUAUUUGUUUGGAUGGAGAGAAAAGUGAAAGAAAAGGAAAAUAGAAUAUUUGUAUCUAUGUUUGCAUGAAUUUAAAAAUGAGGAAAAAAUGAAUUAUUGUGUAACAUGUUUUUAUCUUUGAUAUAAUGGAAAUAAUUCAGUGAA